AUGGCACAACACUCGCAGACAAGCCCAAGCACACCGUUCCAAGGCCCAGCUGCUGCCAUGUAUAUUCCGUCCAGUGGCAGCUUGCAGGGACCGUCUACUUACAGCACCGAACACGAUCCCGUGGCCAUGGCUAGACAGCACACACAGACACAUUCGGCCGCAAGUCCUGCCUCAUCCACAAGAUCGGGCUUGAUCCAAGCAGCGCCCGCGUAUUCCAUGCAACAACAACCGCUACAACAACAGCCCUACGGUGCCUUGCCAGAAAACCAGCAGUUCGAGUACCAGCACUUCCGCCAGCCAGCAUACCAACCUCUUCCCCCACAGACACUUCUGCAGCAACCUUCAAGUAACCCGAAUCACGAGGUUGGCCGACACCCAUCCUUAGGCAACCCUAUAGAUUUGCGCAGCACACAGCAACCUAGUCCUUACAUGCCGCAAUCGCACCCAAGCCUGGCCAUUCGUCCGCAGCAGCCUGGACAGCCCUUCGCUUCAGCACAGCAGCAGCAUCAGCAGUAUCAAACAGAUCUAGGCAACCCUUACCAGACGCCCGGAGGAGUGACAUAUCCUACAACUCAGGCACCGGACCAGUCCAGAUCCUACUAG